GAUCCGGGGAAUUACGAAGACUCGCUGCGAAAUCAAUUACUCGAGUAGAGUAGAGAAAAUGCCAGAAACCGUGAUCGUGGGUAUAAGUAUGCCUUCCUCGAAGCAGCAAAGGUCUCAUCAUUCUCGGAAAUCACAAUUCGAAUAAUCAUUACCACCAUCUACAAACACUACUUACUUACCACCAUUGCUAUAUCACCACUCUACACACCACACUCCAUAAACAAAUUUAAAUGCCUGCACCAGUAUUUCAAUACUUGUUCUUUCCAGAACUCAACUACUGUCCUUGCCCCCCGAGAAAGUCGUUCUCUCCCCGCUUCGAUGUGCGUGAGACCGCGAAUGCGUACAUCGUUGAAGGCGAACUGCCUGGCAUUACCGAUAGAUCGAAUAUCUCCGUCGAGUUCACGGGUAGGGGCAACAUGGUUGUCAGAGGGCGGGUUGAUCGGUCGAGCACUAUAGUCGCCCCCCAGGCACAACCACAAACAUCGUCAUCACCAUCGCAGCAGACAAGCGGGAAGGAGGAUAAGGGUGAAGAUCCGACGAUCGAAGACGUCCCGGACGAAGACGAUUGGAUGGGGAUUACUGAUUCGUCAACUGAGAAGGCGAGAGUUGAGGGAGAAGCUGCUAAGAUGGGGAGCCCGGUUGAGAGGAAGGAGCAGCCAAGGGGAAAGGUGGAGAAAGGAGAGGAAUGGUCAAAGAGGUUGUUGUCUGAGAGGUCGGUGGGGGGGUUUGCUAGAAGCUUCAGCUUCCCGGCGGUCAUUGAUCACGAUGCCGUGACUGCUUCCCUGCGGCAUGGAAUCUUGAGGGUUGUCGUACCGAAGGUCUUUGGCGCUGGAAAGAGGAUCGAGAUCCAGUAAUUGGGAGAGUCUAUGGAUUGCUAGAUGUUGUAGAUUUUACUACUUGCGCCCUUGUACUGUACUUUACACGCUCUUUUGGUUGUUUCUUGCCUAACUUUUUUGGUUUGAUAUUGCUUUCUCUAGUUCGCUCUGUUUGGGGGUUGGAA